AUGAUAGGUCAAACACCAAUCAGUGUAAACAAAACGAAUGAAGAAGAGGUCCGUCUGUCGCAGUAUCUGAUCAAAUCGAAAAAGAUAAUCCAGAAAAAGAAGAAAAAGUUUACUUUUGACAUAGGUGAAAAAGUACGAGUCAGUCGUCUUUGUGGUACCUUCGAUCGUGAAUACCAAAAGAAAUGGUCUGGGGAAAUAUUUACCGUCGAGAAAAGAUACUGGUCUCAAGGUAAAGACAUGUACAAAUUAAAGGAUUGGAGUGGUGAUGCCAUCGAAGGGACAUUCUAUGCUGCCGAACUUCAAGAGGUGACAGAGCAUCCAGAACAGUUAUACCGCAUCCAAGACAUCGUGAAAAAGAGAACUCGUAACAAGAAAAAAGAAGUGUUGGUGAAAUGGCUUCACUGUUCUAAGAAGUACAAUACGUGGAUUCCAGAAGCAGACGUCGUUCGAUAUACGUUGUAUAUAAGACCUCAACACCUGUUUGACUUUCAUUAG